AUGAGCGACGGUCAGGAGCCGCAGGGAGAGGAGGGGGGAGAGCAGCAGGUGGGAUGGACCAGUGAGAUCCACGAAGCCGUGUGGCAGAACAACACCGAGAAGGUGCGACAGCUGAUCAACAGCCCACAAGGCGCGCCGCUGGACCUGGAGGCCGUGGUGGAAGAUUGCACGCCGCUCUACUUGGCCUGCCUCAAGGGCCACACCGAUGUGGCCGAGAUUCUCAUCAAGGGAGGCGCCAAGGUCGACGGCGAUUCGCCGCCGGUCUUCGCGGCUGCGGGCAAGGGCAAUCUCGAUCUCGUGCGCCUGCUGUUGAAAAAUGGCGCCAAUCCGUCGGCUUUCUCGUCGCAGCAUGCCGGCUGCUGCGGCCUCCACAUCGCCGCCGAGAAGAACUACGUCGAUGUCGUUCGUGCGCUGCUCGAGGCCGGCGUCGAGGUCAACAUUCGAUCCGAGAAGCAGAAGCUGACGCCCCUCAUCUCGGCCGCCUGCUGCGGUUCGCUCGACGCGGUCAAGGUUCUCAUCGAGGCCGGCGCCGAUGUCGAUGCCCAAUCGUCGACGGGCAACACGGCCCUCAUGCUUGCCAUCGAUCGCGGCAAAAUUGACGUCGCCACCACGCUCAUCGAUUCGGGCGCCAACCUCGAGAUCAAGGGCCAGAAGGGCUGGACCGCUCUCCACAACGCCGCCAGCGGGGGCGACAAGGGCUACCGCGAGGUGGCCGAGGCGCUCCUCAAGGCCAAUGCCUCGGUCGAUGCGCUGUCCGAGACCAUGCUCACGCCCCUUCACGAGGCUGCCGGCAAGUCGCUCACCGAUCUCGUGCGCCUGCUCGUGGACCACGGUGCCAACGUCAACGCGCGCGACAAGUUCAACAACACGCCCCUCCGGAUGUGCGCCUCCAACGCGCAGUCGUUCGCCUCCCUCGACAGCUUCAAGCAGACCGUCCAGACCCUGCUGGACGCCGGCGCCGACAUCAAUGCCGGUACCACGAUUAACACCACCUCGCUCCACUCGGUGGUCAAGUGGGGCAACCCCGACGCCGUGCGCUUCAUGCUCGACCACGGCGCCGACCCCAACGUGAGGACCACCAAGGGCGAGCUCCCCAUUGAUUUUGCCAAGGAGCCCGCAAUCCGCGCCCUCCUCGAGCCCGUCACCAAGGCCGCCGCCAAGACCGACAAGCCCACCAACGGCCCCGCCGACGCCAAGGGGGCCAAGGCCGACAAGAACGUUUCCCGGAGCAAAUACAGCCACGACAACUGGCAGCCCGACAACACGACUCCCGAGUGCAUGCACUGCUCGAAGAAGUUCACUCUCAUCGUCAGAAAGUGCACGCCACACCGCAUGCGUCUGCCCGACAAGGGCAUGAAGGAGCCAGUGCGCGUAUGCGUGGUGUGCGCCGACACGAACACAAACACCAAGGCCAAGUCGAACUAA